AUGACAAUACAGCAGUCGGCGCUCGGUCUCGAUCUGGGCGCAAGCCCAUCUCACACAUCUUACCCCUCCCAACCCGCCCAUCCUGCCCAUCCCUCCCAUCCCAGAAUCCCCCGCUCCGUCUCUUCCCCCAUCACGACCACCGUCCCCUUCCCCCCCGACCCCGUCCUCGUCGACCCCACCGGCUCGCCGCGAGUCAGUGUCCGCGCCCUCGCAACAGACUAUGAAGAACGCGACCGUACAUUGGAAGACGAAGUCGCGCGCGAGCGUCAACACUCCCACGGACCAUGUGCGACUCCCGCACCCCUCUUUUCGCACUCACACUCACCAUCACCAUACACUCCAAAGGUCCAGCUCGCCGACUUUCCGCGCAUCCACGAGCCGGAAUUUGACCCCUCGACCUCGCCAUACAGCCGCAAGAGGUUUGCGCAUUCCGAGCUGCUGGGCAAAUUCGUCGAGAGCGUAGUCGACCUCUCGGCAGCAAUUGAGCCUCGGGUGCGCAAAAUGUCUAGUGGGGAGGGAAGGCGACGCAAGUUUUCCAUCGGGAGGAAGAAGACGCCAGUGACCCCGCCAGCCGCAUCUACCCCCAACCUCCAACUGCAUGCUCUUCAAAACUCCAACGAGCGGGCGGCGAGCAGCACGUUGCACCUCCCCUCCUUUCUGUCGCCCCAGAAGGAGAGGGAGGGGGAAAUGAAGCGUUCUUUUUCCAUUGGUAAGGGACUGCGCGCACUUCGAAACAAGACGAGCCGCCAAGUCACGCCCGAAAAGUCGCAGCCAGAACCUGCAAGUCCCUCGCGCAGGAUGAGCGCGUACGAUUUCCUCACCGAAUCCCCGACAUCCCCGUCCACCCCGUCCACCCCGUCGCCCUCCUCAACACCCUCGGAUAAGGGCAAGAAGCGGCUCAGCCUCAAGCUCUUUGGGCGCAAGCUUGAACGUCGGCCGUCGACCCAAGUUAUUCGGCCCGGAACCGUUUCGUUGGCCGUCGCGGCUGUUGAGAAGCCAAAGGUUACUGAAUCUUUUGGUUCGAGUGGUGGUCAAAGCGUUUCGCCCCAAGUCUCGCCCCCCGUCACUCCAACAAAGGCGGUAUCUCCCGACGGACAAUCACCACCCAAACCGAUCGUAAACGCACUGUUUGACACUCCACUCGACGAGCAAGACGAACUAGACGAACCAGACUUCAACUCGACACAUUCCACUUCAACAUCAUCAGACGCACCAUUCUGUACCCCACUCGAAACACCUGGCGAGGACAUCGAGUUUGAGGUGCCCGAGAUGUCCUCGAUCUCUGUGCGCACGACGACCAGCGUCGUCGUAAACCCCGAAAAGAGGCGGCCCGAGUCGUCGUCCAGCCGGAGGUCCGAGUCGUCCAAGUCGUCCAAGUCGUCCAAGUCGUCCAGGUCGUCCAAGGCACCAUCUAUCAAGGACUCGCCAAAGGCGCCUUCCGUUAAGGACUCGCCUAAACCAAAGGCACCGUCCAUCAAGGACGCGGCAAGGCCCAAGACACCAUCAGUCAAGGACUCGCCACCAAAGCCCAAGGCGGUGACCAUUGGCUCUCCCAAGCCCAAGGCGGCAGUGGUUGAGCCCGCCAAGGCCGACUCGGACAAGGCGCCCUCUGUCAAGGAGUCGUCCAAGCCCAAGCCCGCGUCGGUCAAGGAAGAUCCCAAGCCCGUCACCAAGGCCGAGUCGCCCAAGCCCGCCAAAGCCGAAUCUCCCAAGCCUGCCAAGGCCGAGUCGGUCAAAGAGAAGGCCGAGUCUUCCAAGUCCGCAACCAAGGACCAGGCCGAGUCGCCCAAGCUCAAGGAGGUCAAGAACGACACUCCCAAGUUCGCCGAGUCGCCCAAGCACGCGUCGGUCAAGGAGAAGGUCGAGUCCGUCAAGGCUGCGUCAGAGGCAGGGUCCAGGGCGUCGUCGGAGCGGUCCGUGACCACAACAAAGGAGGUCACCAGGAAAACAAAGGAGAUCAGGGAGGUGACAAAGGAGGUCAUUCGCGAGUCGUCGUCGUCCAAAGCAGAGUCUGUCAAGACGUCCAAAUCUGUCAAGACUCCGUCUAUCAAGGAGGUGACACCAUCCAUCACCGAGGCUCCCAAGGCUCCAUCCGUCAAGACUCCCUCAGUCAAAGAGUCACCCAAGGCUCCAUCUGUUAAGGAAACUCCUGCCAAGGCUCCGUCAGUCAAGGAGUGCCCCGCCAAGCCUCCCUCGGUCAAGGAGACGCCCAAAGCUCCCUCGGUCAAAGAGGCCCCUCCCAAGGCUCCCUCGGUCAAGGAGACUCCCGCGCCGGAGACUCCCGCGCCCAAGCCUCUCCCGAUGCCCAAGGUGGCGCCGGCCGCCACCCCCGCCUCGCCUGCCUGCGGCGACCCCGCCAAGGCUGGUAGCGUCAAGGCUCCCUCCGUCAAGGCUGCUCCUGCCACCGUCUCCGCCCCUGCCCCCGCCCCCGCCCCUGCGCCGUCCAAGGUACCGAAGCCCGUUGGGCCCAAGGAGGCGCCGAAGCCCUGUGUCGCCGUGGCUGUGGCUCAAGCCCCAGCCCCAGCCCCAGCCCCAGCCCCAGCCCCAGCCAAACCAGCAACGCCAGCAACCGUCUGCGCCCACGCCCCGUCUCCCCCAGUAUGUAUGGUCGAGGCGAUACCGUCUGCGCCGAUCAUUGCGUCCUUCCCCGUCCCGCCGUUCAUCCCCAAGCGGCCAUCGGACAUUACGAAGCGCGUGACGGUUGAGCUCUCGAUUCCGCACGGCACGUCCGCAUCCGACGUCGAGCGGAUAAUGCUCGCAAGUGCGCGUGCUGAGCGUGCGCGUUCUGAGGGGUCUGUCAAGGCCGAAGAGAAGGACAAGGACAAGGAGGAGGAGAAGAAGGAAGAGCCCGGAACCAAGGCCGGCAUGGCGCCAAUCGCCAUGGUCGACUACAAGUCUUUUACUCCUCCGUCACCCAAGAGACGCAGUCGCCUCCCCACCCCAACAAAAUGCACGCCGCCCGGCUCGCCCACUCCCGCCGCACGCGCCGUUCCGGGCCCACCUCGUCCCCUUCCCAGUCCACCCACGCCCGCGCGACAGACCGCGGCAGGGCCACCUGUGGCCCAGACACCGACGCCGACGCCAGCCCAGAAGGCCUCCCCCGGCCCGCCCAAGAAGGAUACCCCGGCAGCGAAGACGAGCCCCGGCCCUCCUGUCAAGGUCGAGGUUGCGAAUGGGAGCAUCAACGUGACUGUUGGUGACGGCGGUAAGGGUAGGGGGAAGGAAAAGGCGCCCGCGCCGGCCCCUGCUCCCACCGCUCCGGUGGCAGCUCCAGCUCCAACGCCGGCCCCGCCGGCCCCCAAAGCCCGACAAGCUCCGCCCGUUCCGCCUGCUCCGAAGGCUCCUCCACCGCCGCCUGCUCCAGUCGCUGCCCCUGCUCCUGCUCCGGCCCCAUCAGCACCGGCUUCCGUCAAGGGUACCCAGAUCACCAUCGGCAAGGGCACGAUUACAGUAUCCAAGGAGGCACCAAAGGAGCCCGUGGCUGCGCCAGCGCCAGCGCCAGCACCCGCACCCACUCCGGCUCCUCCUGCGGCCGCCACGGCCGCCGCUCCUGCUCCUGCUCCAGCUCCUGCGCCAGUGGAGAAGGAGCCCGAGAUCACGAUCCGGGCGGGCAACGACACGAUCACCGUCUCGCAGAAGGCGCCUGAGCCUGAGCCUGCGCCUGCGCCAGCCCCGGUCCCAGCAUCUAUCCCUGUCGUCACACCUCCAGCUCCCACGCCGGAGGCCCAGAGGGUGUCCACGCCGCCACCAGCCGUGAGCAUCGUGAUAACCAUGGACAAGAAGGAGGAGGCCAAGAAGGAGGAGGCACCGACUGUGCCGGGGCCAGUGCCGGCAGAGAAGAAGGUUGUCGAGAAGGUUGAGAAGAAGGUCGAGAAGAAGGUCGAGAAGGUGGAGAAGGACUCGAAGAAGAAGGACUCGGACGCCGACUCGAUCCGCUCCAGAUCCUCCAAGUCGUCCAAGUCGUCCAAAUCCUCGAAAUCCUCCAACUCCAAGUCGUCCAAAUCAUCUAGGGACAAGAAGGACCGCAAACGGCGCGACUCGUCAUCCUCGGACGACUCGCGUCCCCGCCGCCACCGCCUCCCGUCCGACAUCGACGACCGCCGCCCCGUAUACCCCGGCACGUUCGUCCACCCGCUCGUGCCCAUGGCUCCGGCGCCCCUGGUUCCGCUGGCCGCCCGCCCGGCAUCAUACCUCCCCAUCAUGCCUGUGCGGUAUGCGCCGCCGCUCGCGCCGCUGGGCAUGGGCCUGCGGCCCGUGUUCCCCGGCGGCGUCGGCGUCGUGCCGGGAUACGGCUACGGGGGAGGUGUGCCGGGUGCGCCGUACUAUAUCCCGCAUCCGUAG